GCCGUCCGGGAGAGGCUCAAGGUUCAAUUAGAACACCUGCGGAGGAGGAAGAAGAGGACAAAAUAAAUUGACACCAACUCAGCUGCAACAUGGGGAUAUCUGUAUCUUUUUUGUUUUUAGCUUUGGGAUUAAUACAUCCUAUCAAUAUGUCGUUUCCUGUCCUUCCUGAAGAUUUGGAGGGAUCAGGAUAUGACCUUGAGAGUUCUGGCUCUGGGGAUUGGUCACAACAAGGUGGAAUGGAAAACAGCAAGUAUCACCCCAACAGCGAAGAUGUCAGAACGUUUACAGCAAACGCAGCUUCUUCAGUCCUGAACUUUGACGGUGCACACAAAGACAACGGAUCAGGAUUUGUUGUUGUGGCAAACAGCAAGAGUUUCUUGGAGAACAAAGAAAUCUUUGCCGCUCUUAUUGCAGGAGGCGUAACAGGAGUGGCACUUGCAGCUGCACUGGCAGCACUAUUAAUCUACAGAUGGCAGAAGAAAGAUAAUGGAGGAUACAUUCUGGGCCAGCAGAGGGCUUCAGACGUAGAUUAUUACAGACCUGACAGGGCACAAGUUGUUGUUUAACUUAAAACUUUCAGAAUAAUGUUUGUGUUCGAAGGCAGUGAUUCUCAAUGUAGGGUCCAGGGACCCCCAGGGGUCUGUGGCACUCUGCCAGGGCGUCUUUGGAAAGUUUUCAAAUUCUUUCUGUUAAAUUAUCAUGAUAUUAGUCUGGAUCGACGACAGUUCAUUUACCGGAUAGUUUGCGGCGCUGCCGGUAGUUCUGCCAGAUGUCCCUCACCUUCUGCUUUCUUUGUGUUUACGUUCUAAACUCUGGUCACUUUGAGAGAAAAUUACGUUAAACCAUGUAGCUAGAUAAUUUAAACCGCUCACGUUACUGUAUUGUGUGAACAGUUAACUCAAUUUAAUAUUGUAUGUGGCGUUUUCUUUAGCGGGGUGCAAAAGUUUCGUCAAAACAAGUUCCUUCCCUAGACUAUUUUGCAGAGCCUCCGUCGCUCCGUGUGGAGCUUAGCGCAGCCCAAGACCAUUGUGAUUGGUUUAAAAACAUGCCAACAACCCCGACCGUUUUUUUUCUCC